AGGAGAGACUUGUAUUUUUUCUCUUUGCGCGCACCCGGGGAAGGGUGUGGGGGGCCGUGCAGAAGGGAGCCCGGGCCAGGCGGCCGCGUCGGGCUCUCGCCGGAGCGCAGGCGGCGGGAUGCGUGUGGGCCCCCCUCCCCCGCGCCCCCCGAGCUUGUCACUUUGGUCGCUUUUAUGACACGGGGAGCGGGGUGGGGAGCGCGGCGGCGCCGGGGUGCGUGCCGGGGUGUAGGCGCCGCGGAACCGCAGCCGGGGUGGCGAGCGCGGCCGCCGAGGCAGGGGGCGCCGCCGGGGGUUGGCGGGGGGAGGCCGGGGCCGCGGAUCUGUGCGGCGGGAGGCGCGAGCCCCGCGCGCCGCCCCUGCGGCCCCCUCCGCCCGUGUGGCCUUUGUGCCGGGCGCGCAGCGGAGAGCGGAGCGAGCGAGCGCGAGAAGUACAAGUACGGGAGACCGAGGCAGUGGGAAAAGAGGCCGGGCCACUUUCUCGCCGCUCGGGCUGCGGAGAAUGGACUGGUUGAAUGUGCAGGCGCGUCUCCCCGGCGUGUGCUGUGUGUGAGUGUAUGUGUGUGCGCGCGGCGAAAAGGCCUCUCCGACUCCCGCCGCGCACACGCACACUCACACGCACGCAUACACACGCGGACCCGCGGCGGGGCUCGGUGGCCGAGAGUUUGCCUGGGCUUCCUUGCCACCUCUCCUUCCCCGACCGACUGUGUGAGAAUUUCAUCUAGAUCAGCUCCAAUUUCCGCCAUUUUGGGAAAGUUGCACAAAAAUAAACCCUCCGGUUUAUUUCUGCCCGGAGGCAGGAAAGUGCUUAGGGAAGCGAGGCGGCGCGGGCCCGCCGCGGCCGUCCGAGCAAGGAAGGGCGCGGGGCCGGGGCUGGGGCCGGGAGCCCGCGCCGUCGCGGCGUUCGCCCCGCGUUGUGCCGCGCCGACCCGGGUGCGGGCACGGGCGUGUGUCGGGAGGCGGCGGCCGCAGCGGCGGCGGCGGCGGCGGCGGCGGCGGCGGCGAUAGCGGCGGGCGGCGGCGGCCGCGCUCGGGAGGCAGGAGGAGGAGCUUCAAAAAUAAAUCAUGACUGAAUCUGCUUCUAGCACAAGUGGUCAAGAGUUUGAUGUGUUCAGUGUUAUGGACUGGAAAGAUGGAGUUGGUACAUUACCAGGAAGUGAUUUAAAG